AUGGUACGCGGAAAUUCUCUAGUUGAAGAUUUAGGAUUCUUGAUUGGCAAUUCUCGAUAUAGCGAUUUAGUGAUUAGAUGCAAGAAUGAUGUGGUCCUUUACGGAAACCGAGCAAUUCUUGCGGCACGAUCCGAGGUACUUAAUAGAAUGCUCUUUACAGAAAUGACGGAAAUUCCUUGCAAUCAAAUUUCAUUUCCGGAUGUCGAAAUAUUACCUAUGAAAGUCAUACUUAAGUAUCUAUAUACAGAAAAAAUUUCCGAAAGUGAUGUCACCACAGAGAAUGCCUUUGGAAUUUUACACGCAGCAAAUUUCUUCCAAUUAGAAAACCUUCAAGACGAUAUUUUAGGAAUCUACAAAAGGUUGUGCAAAAAGAAGGGCAAUGAAAAGAAAUUACCCGAAUUAUUAUCUAGAGCAACUUAUAUAGUAUCAUCUCUGGCUGAUAAUAGCAUAAUUCAUUAUCUAGUAAAUUCAGUGGCUAGAAUUCCACUGGAUACUAUGGAAUUUAACAGAUUGUCAUUUCAAGGCCUACAAUGUUUAUUGUUAAUGAGAGAUAGAACGCAAAUAUUUUCAUCCAGUGAAUAUUCUGUUUUUCGAUUUGUGAUUUUAACGGCCGCAACAAGGAUAUCUGGAGAAGCAUUUUGCGUGUUAGAGAAAAAAUUACCCCCAUGGAACGAAAUCGAGGAAUUACUUAAUGCGGUUAAAAAUAGUUCUAUCGGUGAAGAGAUUGGUACUUCAGUUGCUGAUAUUAUAAGUCCUGUCGUAGAUUAUAUUGAAUUUCGAAGGAUUGAUGCAAAGGUUAUUGCAAAAAUAAUCGAACCACUAAAUAUUGUUCCGAUUAACAAUAUACUCGACUCAUAUCGAUUUCAAGCUUGCGUGAAAACACAGUUACCGCCAUUUUAUGGAGACUCUACUAUUAAAUGGGAUAGAGUUUGUUGUGGUCCAGAUUUAAAAAUCAGCGAGGAUGGAGAAACAGUUAGUGCAUCUCCAAAUACAAACGGUCAUCAAAGUGUAAGAACCAAUAAACUUAUGAGGAGUGGCACUCAUGAAUUUCAUGUUCAAAUCGAAAGCGCUUGUCAGUCGUGUUAUUUCGGUGUUUGUGGCGAAGAUCUCGAUUUUUCUGAUGCUGCUGGAUCUCAACCGUAUGGAUGGGUUUUAGGUUCAUCCGGACUUUACUACAAUGAUUAUCCAUAUCCUUUACCUGACACUCGUUAUUUUGGAAACGACAAUGACAAAAUCAUCAUAUACCUUGACAUGGACAAAAAGAAGAUCUCGUUUUCAAUCAACAAUGUAGAACAUGAGCCGCCUGAUGCAAGAUGGAAAAAUCUUACGUCCAACCUUUAUUUUGUUGUUUCAUUCUGUUAUCCCGGAAAAUUUAAAAUUUUAUUACCUGACCAUUGGAUUAAAGUCAAAUUUCUACCAGGAAUAUUUGAUUUGAUUUAA